AGAAAUGGCACUUCCUCAUUAACAGCAACAAAGGGAACGUGCUUAACUACAGAUUUAGUGCACUUUGAAAAUUAAAACGUAAAAAGAAAAUUCAGAAGUUAAUAGCAUUUUCAGCGGAAUCAACACCUUUUAAAGAAAUACUCCAAGCAUUUGUUCUUUCUUUCAUUAAUUGCGCUACCUCACUUGAAAAAGCAAUUAAAAAACAAUAGUGAACAGAUUUAUCAAAAUUCCUAAAAACUACCAAGGGUCAAUUUUUGGGCCAGAAGUUUCAUAUUAUGAGCUUCUGUUAAUGACAAGCUCUUAUGCAGAAAUUCUUAGCGUUAUUCUUGGCGGUAAAAAAAUGUUGUGCUUGUAGUUGGUGCCUCUUCAAAUUCAAAAGCUGGCAAUACUGCCAAGAACAUAACUGUUCACCACUGCGAAUUGCCAAAAGUGUACAGUUUGUUCUCUGGCGUGCGUGCAUUCAGUAAAAGCUUGAUAAAAGCCAAGAAGGAAUGUUGCAUUGAAUGUGUCAGUGGACUUCAUAGAGCACAAAGCAAUCGGGUUUGGCAGAAGCCAACAAAGGAAGCUGCAAGUAUGUUAAAUUUCAUCAAAGACGUAAUGGCUCCAACAACGCGCAGCACAAAGUCCGAAGACAAUAAAGAUGGCGGCAUUUGUACCAAAAUAAAAACUACUGCAAAUAGUGUGAAUGAAUCUAAGCCUCCUCCACAAAUGAAGGGCUACAAAGUCACAGACAACGAACGCUCUAAAAAAUACGGCAUUGGUGCAAAUUCGUGCCAAAUGCUCAAGGACAAGGCGAAAUUGAAGUUUCCUAUUAAAGAUUUAAGGAUGUAUCUGUCCACUGAUGGCUUUGAAGUAUCUGAUGAUGAUUACUUUCAGACCUUAGCGCCACAAACUCUUUUCAUUAUCGCUGGACCGGAUGAAAUCAUAACAACAGAUGCCGACUUUGAAUUCGAGAAGCUACGCAAAACAUCGCCUUUGCUUCGUGUUGCCGAUAUUAUUUAUGAAUUUAUCGAACAAAACCCGGAGCAAUUCCGUAAAAUGAUUACAGACUAUGAAAAUCGUAAGAUUUGUCGCCAAGAAGCGCUCGACAAUAAACAAGCGUACCACAGCAAAACUCAGCUUAGUCUGCGCACUCAACAUAGUGAAUGGUUCGAGGGUCAAGAAGAACGCUGCCAUUCCAAAGAAGAGGCAAUGGCGCGUCGUGCACAAGACCGCAUGCGCAGUUACUACUAUAAAACAAAAGAGGAACUUACACGCAAUAAACUAUAUCGGCAAAAUCUUAAAGCACGUCACGUAAUCGAUGCUGUACUAGAACAAUUUCGUUACCUUCUCAUUGGUUGCGAUUACUUCUCGAUGUUAUUCGAUCGUAAAUGUCCGAAAAAGCAUGAAAUCUUGCAGCAGCAUCUCGAUGAUGAAACGGACGCCAGUGCAAUGUUGCCAAAUAAACGUCUGCGUCAGGUCAUCAAAGAGUACACAGCACGGCACAAGAUAUUAGACGAAUGGUCAGUGUCACUCUGCACCGAGCUGGGAGAUUUUUAUUGCCAGGGUAGCUAUUCGGAUAAUGGUAACUGUUGUGCGCUAAAGCAUACGAUCAAUCCUUAUGCGUCACGUGAGAAUUUGAUACUCUUCCAAGUGUGGAAUUUGGAUCAUCAAAUUGAGUUGUCACGUUCUAUACUGCCGGCGUUAAUUGAGAAUGUACGGGUGCUGGUAGAGCAACCACAACGAAAGUGCACAUUGCAUAAUAAGUGCGUCAUUGACAUCUCAGUAUUGGAAUACUUUUUAGAAAUAUUUUCAUUGAAAAAUUUGAAAUUAGUGCAUAUCGUUUGUCAUGAUAAAACGCAACGGGCGAACAAAUCCAAUGGGCGUUUGGUGUGUGCACAAUGCCACGAGUACAAAAUUGUGCAGGAGCUGAUGGGUGUGCGCAGUAACGAGGAAGCAGUUAAGGCAGCAAGUUAAAAAUUAAAAAAAUGUAUAUAUAUAUGGUAACAUAAACACCACAAGGUAGGUGCAUUAACAGUUAGAAAUGGCAGAAGAAUAAUAAUGGAGAAUACGAAGUAGCUAAAAGCUUUCGAAGUAAAAUUAUAAAACGAAAUUUUGUUCUUCCAUAUAAGUUUGAGCUCUUGCGUACUUAUACUACUUUAUAUUAUGAAUAUUUUUACAAGCCAUAUUUGUUGUAUUAUAUUUGCUUAUGGUUUUACCAAGCAUUUGAAUAUUUCAUAAGUGCAGUAUUCUCAUAUUUAGAACAAAAUACAUUUAAAUUAAGUGAAGGGGUUAGGGGUCAUCAUCACAAGUCCUUGGAGAUUCAUCUAAAAUCAGUCGGACAAGAGAAAUUAGUUUUAUUAAAAGUUAAUCUUGUGCCUGAUCGAAGCUUUUUGUUUUUUAAAAUUAACAAUACAUAUAUUGUUAAUUGUUAAAAAAAAAAAAUCGAAAUUUUUUCCAAAAAAAAAAUCCUUCGUUAGGCACGAGUCUUUUAUGUUUUUCAAAAGCAGUAUACAUUUUAUCGAAAUCCACCAAGCGGUUUUUAAGUUACAGUGAUCACCAGUUCAAAAAAACAUAUUGUAGUUUUGAUAAAAACGCAUUUAAAGUUUUGCGAACGCUCCGGAGCGCCCUUUGUUAAGUAAAUUUUCACAAAAUAUUUUUAAGAUAUUAUACUUUAAGAAAAAAACAAAAAAAAGUCCAUUUUUUUUUUUUUUAAUUCUGACUUCCCCUAACCCCUUAAGUGUUACAACUAGACUAAUUUUAAGAGCACUGCUGCUCUAUACCAAUAAAACUGGAUUAUUUUAUACUGUAUUAAGCAAGCGAAACGCUUUAACAAACUUAGUUUAUUUCAAUAUAUAGUAUAUAAGACUUCUUGUCCGUGAUAACAAAGAAAUUUGAAUAAUAAUAUUAGUGUUGAUAUUUGAUACACGCCCCACU